UCGCUGAUGAACAGAUGCUGCUACAUUUACAAUUUAAAUGUUUAUAAAAGCGAUUCAGGAAGUUACGAGGGUCCCUGAAUGCAUCCGGAGGGGCGUGAAGCUUUGCGUAAUUGUCCUCCGGCUCAGGUUAAAGCGGCGUUUGGCUCAGCGGAGCUCCGGCGCUCCGCUCAAAGGAAAGUCGGUCCUUGUCCGGGCGUUUCGUGGUUCUCUCUGCCCGACCGAGCGCCGCCAUGCCGGGCAGCUGGUGGAGCAGCGCCGCGGUGACCCACGGGCUGAUGGCUCUGUUCGCCAUGGGCUCCUGGAUCUCCGUCAACAGCCUCUGGGUCGAGCUCCCGGUGGUUGUCGACGUGCUGCCCGAAGGCUGGAAUCUGCCCGCUUACCUCUCGGUGCUCAUCGCGCUGGGGAACCUGGGUCCCAUCGUGGUGACCCUGACGCACCACUGCGCGCCGGGCCGGCUGAACGAGCGCCUGCUCAUCCACUGCAUCCAGGCGCUGGCGGUGGUGGCCUCGGCCUGCCUGGCGCUGUCCUGGUCCCAGCUGGUAACGGUGGGUGGGCAGCCGCGCUCGCUGGCCUUCCUGCUGCUGAGCUUCGUGCUGGCGCUGGUCUGCUGCACCUCCAACGUCACCUUCCUGCCCUUCAUGUUCCGCUACCCGCCCCAGUACAUCCGCACCUUCUUCGUGGGCCAGGGCCUGAGCGCCCUGUUCCCCUGCGUGGUGGCGCUCGGCCAGGGCGUGGGGAAGGUGGAGUGCCGCAGCGUGAACGGCACCGAGAGCCCCGUGCGCCUCGCCGAGAGCUUCCCCGCCCAGAACUUCUUCUGGUUCCUGUUUGUGAUGCUGACCGUGUCCGCGCUGAGCUUCCUGGCACUGACCCGCAGGGCGCCGGAUGCUGAGCAGCGGGAGCCAGAGCCCAGCGGCGAGGAAGCGGCAACAGCGGCGGCGGCUAAAGACGGCGAGGAGACGCACCGGCUGUACAACGGCGGCACGCCGCCGGCGCCGGAGGACAGCCCGCCGGCGCCCGCCUUCUGGACGGGAAGGAACAUUUACCUGCUGCUGCUGCUCGCCGUCUCCAACGGCCUGACCAACGGCGUGCUGCCCUCGGUGCAGAGCUUCGUCUGCCUGCCCUACAGCUCCAUGACCUUUCACCUCUCGGUGGUGCUGGGCAACAUCGCCAACCCGCUGGCCUGCUUCCUGGCCAUGUUUGUGGUGCUGAGGUCUUCGCUGGGUCUGGGCCUCCUGUCUGUGGCUGCUGGCGUGUUUGCGGCCUACCUGAUGGCGCUGGCGGCGCUCAGCCCCUGCCCGCCGCUGCUGGGCAGCUCGGCCGGUGUGGCGCUAGUGGUGGUCUCCUGGAUCUGCUUCACCGGCCUCUUCUCCUACCUGAAGGUGGUGAUCGGGACGCUGCUGCACGAGGCCGGGCACGCCGCCCUGCUGUGGUGCGGCAUCUCCAUCCAGGCCGGCUCCCUGCUGGGCGCGCUGGCCAUGUUCCCCCUGGUCAACGUCUACCAGGUGUUCGUCAGGGCCCAGGAGCUCCAUGUGGGAGGCGUUCAGGCUCCGGGUGGUGGGAGGCGUUCAGGCUCCGAGUUGGAGGCGUUCAGGCUCCGAGCGUUCUGGCUCCAGGUAGUGGGAGGCGUUCAGGCUCCAGGUAGUGGGAGGCGUUCAGGAUCAAUGUGGGAGAUGUUCAGGCUCCAGGUAGUGGGAGGCGUUCAGGAUCAUGAUGGGAGGAGGCGUUCAGGCUCCAGGUGGGAGGCAUUCAGGUUCUGGGCGUUCAGGCUUCAGGUAGUGGGAGGCGUUCAGGAUCAAGGCCGGAGGCGUUCAGGCUCCAGAAUUACGGAAUUCUGCGGAUUCCUGCGCCGAUUCCCGCAGAGAAACGGACAGAAAGAUGCCUCAGAGAGCAGGAAGUCGUCGCUGGUCCAGAAAAGCGGAGGCACGCGAGCACACGCGUGUCGCGGUUGGCUGGCUUUAAUCCCCGCGCUCCGUCCGCUGCGCAGGACUUUGGCUCCUUCCUCUGCGGAGCGUCAAACUCAGCAGUGCGUUGUGUGUCUGUCCCUGCUCAGUGCGUUGUGUGUCUGUGUGCGCCCCAGCAUGUCCCUGCUCACCCACCUGCUGGCCUGCCUGUUCGGCGUGGGCUCCUGGGUGUCCAUCAACGGUCUGUGGGUGGAGCUGCCCCUCAUGGUGCCCCAGGUCCCUGAGGGCUGGUUCCUGCCCUCCUACCUGUCCGCGCUCAUCCAGAUGGCCAACGUUGGGCCCCUCCUGGUCACCCUCACCCACCGCUUCCGUCCUUCCGCGCUCAACGAGGCCGCCGUCAUCUACCUGAUCAUCGGGCUGGGGGCGGUGGCCAGCUUCCUGCUGGGCUUCUUCUGGAAGGAGGCGGUCCCGGUGGGGGGGGUCCCGCGCAGCGUGGCCCUCUUCGUGCUGACCUUCUUCCUGGCCGCCGUGGACUGCACCUCCUCCGUCACCUUCCUGCCCUUCAUGAUGCGCUUCCCGCCUCAGUAUCUGACCACCUACUUCGUCGGGGAGGGCGUGAGCGGCCUGCUGCCCGCCCUGGUGGCCCUGGUCCAGGGGGUCGGCGUGCUCCAUUGCGCCAACGCCACUCAACCGCCCGAUGGCGCCCCGAACGCCUCCUUGGGAGACGGGACCCUCCUGCUGCAGGCCCAGUACCAGCCGGCCAACUUCUCGGUCGAGGUGUUCUUCUUCUUCCUCAGCGCCAUGAUGCUGGUGUGCCUGCUGGCGUUCCUGCUGCUCAACUAUCACCCGGCGGUGGCCCGGGAGCUCCCCAACGGCCGGUACACCAACGGGGUGAAGGAGGAUGGCGGGGGGAGGAGGAGGUGGGCGGAGCAGAGGCCCAUGAUGGACCCCUACCGGCCCGAGAACCCAAGGCCCAGAAGCAGCUUCGGCUCCGGCUCCUACAGCUGGAUGCAGGUGUUGUACAUCUUCGGGGUCCUGGCCUGGGUGAACGCGCUGACCAACACGGUGCUGCCCUCCGUGCAGUCCUACUCCUGCCUGCCGUAUGGAAACAGCGCCUACCACCUGUCGGCCACGCUGGCCGCCGUGUCCAAUCCGCUGGCCUGCUUCAUCGCCAUGUUCAUCCCCAUCAGGUCCCUGGUGUUCAUGGGAGCCCUCACAGUGAUGGGCAGUGCCGUGGGUGCCUACAUCAUGGCCAUGGCCGUGCUCAGUCCCUGCCCCCUGCUGGUGAACGAGGCCUCCGGUGGCGCCAUCAUGGUGCUGGCCUGGAUCGUCUUCAUCCUGUCGCUGUCCUACGUGAAGGUCAUCAUCGGGGUGAUACUGCGCGACGAGGGCCACAGCGCCCUCGUGUGGUGCGGGGCGGUGGUGCAGCUGGGGUCCCUGCUGGGGGCAGUGACCAUGUUCCCCCUGGUCAGCGUCUACGACUUCUUCUCAUCAGGAGACCCCUGCAACACCAGGUGCCCCUGAACUAAAGAGAAGGGUCCCAAAGUGGAGGGUCCCCCCGGCUUUUUCUCAGCCCAGGUCAAAUCGGUGGAGCUGGUUUUCCUUCGAUCUCUCCAACUGAUUACCAGAGAACUUUUUAUCUAGAUUUGCACUCCAUUCUUUUUAGUUUCAGGCGGCAAAAAGGACAAAGGCUUCUUCCACCUCAGUCUGCUCAGGCCCAGGAUGCGUUCAAGGUUGUACGGUUUUGUUUUACCCUCAGAUGGUCCUAAAGCACAAAAAGCUGCUCUGACAAUAGCUCAAAGGGCCUUAAAUAAGAUGGAUGAGACUCUGUAGUGGAAGAAGUUUGAAAUGGAGUGUAAGCCGUAAGUCUGCAAACCCUCCAUCUGGUCCAGCUCCAGAGAAGGUGGAUCAUACCUCAUAUAACACGGGUUAAGAGAUGGCUUUGACAAUCAUUAGAUACCUCUGAAGAACAAUGUCGCACCAUGUGUUAAAAAAAGAAAAAGAAAACAAGGAAAGAAAACAGCUUCAACAUCUUGAUUAAGAGACUACAGGAAGAAGUCAGCAGAAUUAUCUGCUUCUGACUCCUUUCGAAACAUUUCAAACUAAAACAGAAACACAAUUUAGAGGAUAUGUGUUUAAAAAAUGUGCCACAGGUGCCUUAGAAAUAGAGAUGAAUAAAGACAAAUGAAUAAAUAAUGAUAGAUAAAAAACUGGCUGAUCGAUCCAUCUGUAAGCAGGUUUUAGUUGAUGCGUCCCACGGUCCCUGAACGCAGCAUCCGCCCUGAAUUAGUGUACUUUUUUUGUAGUCACUUUCUUUCUCUUCAUUUUUGCUUUGUGUGUCUUUGUGGCACCUUUGUGAUGGUUUGUGAUUUUCUACAUUUAUCCAUUUUUCUGGUAGUUGUGUCUGAUUAAUGUAUUUUUCCUUCAUUUGUGUAUUUUUGUGUACAUUGUGUGUUUUCUAGUCAAAUUUUGCCUGCUAUUGGUCAUUUUAUGUCUCUUCAGAGGUGGUUUUGUGCAUCUUUGAGUCUUUUAUGUUAGUUUUGUGUGGCAGUGUUUAUCUAUUUUCAUCUCAGGAUUUCAAACCCAGAUUUCUUGUGUUUUUCUCUCCAAAUUUCAGCCGAGUGAGCUUCUGAGAACAUUAAGCCACAAACUCUUUUCUGUUGAGGAAACAAACAAUCUGAAAAAAUAUGAUGUUCUGCUGUGCAAAUCUGAAAGCAUUUGAAUGCUCUGAAUGUUAAGUGUAUCAGAAAUACAGUAAAGACAGGAGGAAGCUUUUAAUUUGUGUUUAUUUACAUAGUGUAAGGGGUUACAAUA